GGUCUGCGGGAAUACUCGAUUCUGAUUGGCUGCUGGGUGUGCAUUAACUCCUGAUAUACGGACACCUGGACAAGUAGUUCCGUCAAAUUGUCUGUUUACCGUUCUCAAUUAAUGCGCUAUCGUCUAUAAAAUUAGUAACCAUAACAACGGGACCGCAGUCAAAGCCGUUUACAAUUUAUUACAACACCGCAACAAAAUAACAAUGAGUGAUUUCAACAUUUCUUUUAAUUUAUUUGGAGUAUAUGACAACUUCGAUGACUGGGAUGCAGCAGAAGAAAAAGAAAUGGAAAAGAGGAAAAGAAAGCAACGGCACAAGGAGUUAACACCGGGAGAAUUAAAUCAAAUAGAAGAUGACAAAGAUGAGAUCAACACCAAAAAAACAACAAAAUGGGCAGUUAAUAUACUGAGAGACUUUCUUGAACAAAAACGAAUGGACCCCAACUUGGUAAACUACACCGCUGAUGCUCUUAAUGAGACUCUGCGGGAGUUUUAUGCCGCUGUCCAGUCCACCAAGACAGGAGGGGAGUACAGCAUAGCCAGCCUAAGGAGUCUGAGAGCCGGUAUUAAACGUUAUAUAGUUGGCUUCAAUAUUAUAACUGACACCAGAUUCAGGACCAGCAAUGCCGUGUUUACAUCCGUAAUUAAACGGUACAGGAAAAGUGGUAAAGAUACCAGCCUCCACCAUCCCCGUAUCUCCGAGUCGGACCUCAAACGUAUUAGAUCUUCAACUGCACUGUCUCCUGAUUCGCCCGUCGGCCUGGUCAGAAAAGUGUGGUUCGACAUCCAAAUAUGUUUGGCUCGGCGUGGCAGGGAGGGAACCCGGGAGCUAUCCAUGUCAUCUUUCAUCCUACAGAGAGACGAGGAUGGGGUGGAAUAUGUCAGCCUGGCGCACAAUCCCCAAAGCAAGAAUCACAAAGACCCGAAUGAACUUGAAAAGGAAAACCUACGAGGGUUUAUGUUUGCCAGGCCUGAUGAUCCGCUUUGUCCGGUGGAAAGUUUCAAGAAAUAUAUUGCGAAAUGUCCAUCAGAUGCCAAAUCGUUCUACCUCCACCCAAAGCGCACCCUGUCCUCCGGCGUGUGGUACACCCGGGAGCCGAUGGGUGUCCACUACCUCGGGAACAUGUUAAAAAGAAUCAGCGAAGAGGUGGGUCUUUCGCAGAUCUACACAAACCACAGCCUCCGAAGCACCGCUGUAGGUCGGCUCUCAGACGCCGGCCUGGAGAGUCGUCAAAUAAUGUCGGUGACAGGCCAUCGAUGCGAGAGCAGCCUUCGUGCUUACUGGGCUCCGUCAGUGCAGGAGAGACGAGAAUGGAGCCACGUCUUGUCAUCAAGUGUCCCGAGAAACAGUGCCCCUGCUGUCCAACACCCUCCUUCACAGGCCGCUAUGCCGGACUUGCCUGUAACGCUGUCAAAUUGCACCAUAAAUGGAAACGUCGAAUUUAAUUUUAAAUAAAACAGCUGAACAGGCUAAUUAAUUGUCAA